AUGGACCCCCAAAACAAAGAGAUAGAAUCCGAGCUCGACUCAUUCCGAGCCCAGUGGCGAGCAGAGGUCUCGGCCCGCACGAGGCAACCAGCCAGCACUGCAUCCAGGACCCAGCCACCGCAAAGUGCCCAUGCAGGACCAACCGCCGCGCCACCAGCUGCCCAUGCGCCGUCGCUGCACAGGCCUCAUGCGCCAUCUCAUCGCAAGACGCCCUCUCGGACACUAGGCCACCUCGAGGACGAGGACGAGUAUGUCCAGAGCUUGUCCUUCGACGAGCCCGCCCAAGCACAGAAGGCACCAGACGAGGAUGCUGGCGCGGCGGGCAAAGGUAAAGAGCCAGAGACGGCUCUUGAAUACUACGAAAAGGCCGUGGACAAGGAGACGUCGGGCAAACUUGGGGACAGUCUGCACCUGUACCGCAAGGCUUUCCGCCUCGACAGCCACGUUGACCAUGCUUACAAGCAAAAACACUUUGCUGCGGCAUGGAAGAUGAAACCACAGGCUCCGCCGGCUUCAGCAGCGACUUCUUCCAAGCCCGCCGCCCCGACGGCCAUACCAAUGACAGGAACUUCAACAACGUCAGAUCCCAGGCAGCCACAAGAAGACCCAAACCCGUCAAACGCGGCGGCGACAGUGCCCAACACUGCCCAUCAUUCCCUAGAUGGCCCCGCUCUGUCAUUAUCCGAGCUCAUUGCCAGCUUCGCCAACGUCAGGCUCGAGCCGGCUCCGCCAGAGAUCGAGGGCGUGGCGCCACCGCCGUGCCCUAUUGCCGACUUGCCCGGCGAGAUUCUGGUCCAUAUUCUGCGUGACGUCGCCGUUGCAGAUGUUGGUGACUUUGUGCGGCUGUCGCAAGUCUGCAAGCGCUUUGCAUACCUCGUCGCCACCGAGGAUCAGAUAUGGCGCCGCGUCUGCGUGGGCAGCGAGUUCGGAUUCGGCGGCAUGCACUACCACUGGCAGCAGGACCACCUAUGGCAGCCGCUCCCGCUUCCCGUCCUCGCCUCCCAGGGUGCCGAGUCCUCUGAGACCUCGUCGUCCGUCGACGACAGCGAGGAUACGGUGUGGACCGCCGAAGAACUCGCGCAGCGCAGGGCGGCGUCGAGCUACGCCACAACAAUGGCCCUCGUCCACAGCGUGUACGGUGCUUCCUGGCAGCGCAUGUUCCGCCGCCGGCCUCGGGUUCGUUUCAACGGCUGCUACAUCAGCACCGUCAACUACAUCCGAGCGGGCCAGGCCUCGGGCCACCACAUCACCUGGAACAGCCCGGUACACAUCGUCACGUACUACCGCUACCUGCGCCUCUUCCGCGACGGAACAGCCAUUUCGCUGUUGACAACGGACGAGCCGGGCGCCGUGGUGCACCACCUGACCAAGGAGAACCUGCAUCAGCACAGGGACAAGAGCCACGCACACCUGCCGAGCGCCUCCAUGAGCCAUGCGCUCAAGGGGCGUUGGAGGCUGUCGUCGGCCCUGGACAACGUCAGCGACAACCAUCCCGAGGAUGCUGCCGCCGCCGCCACCGCCGGCGAGGGCGACCUUUUUGUCGAGACGGAGGGCGUCGGCAAGAAGUACAUGUACAGGAUGGAGUUGUCGGUCAAGGGCGCUGGGAAGAAGGCUAUUGGCAACAACAAGCUUCAGUGGAAGGGAUACUGGAGCUACAACACCCUGACCGACGACUGGGCGCAGUUUGGACUGAAGAACGAUAAGGCAUUCUUCUUCAGCCGCGUAAAGAGCUACGGAGUCGGGAUAUAG